AAAUAUCCUUUGAAGAAAUCGAAGUAUAUUUUUAUACUACAGAGUAUAUUCUACAUUGUUAAUACUGUUGGAAAGCUGCCUUAUAGAACUUGUCGUCAGUUUCAGUUUCAGCCGCAGGCGUAUCGCGAUCGAUAGUGCAUAAGCCUUCGACCCCUGAGGGCGCUACAGCACAAAAACAGGAGGCCUGCAUGCAUGCAGCUAGUGCUGCAACCUGUUGGACAAAAAUGCAAAAUAUUGCGUGCAGUCGCGCAGGAGCAUAUCACAGCCAUGACAGCACAUGAUGCAAGCAGAGUGAUGGCAAAUGUGCCAGUGCAGACUGACGAAGUAUUUGAAGAAAUUCACAAAAAGUGGGAAAGUGAACAGCAAGAAUUGAAGAAGAAACUGGUGUUGGAGAAUACAGAGUCCUGGCAGUCGGAUUUGGAUGGCCUCCGUUGCGUCGGAGGUGUUGAUGUAUCUUUUGUCAAAACGAGUUCCACCCUGGCCUGUGCAUCGCUGGUAGUGUGUGAUUACCCAGAUCUGAAGGUAAUCUACUCUGACUGUGAGCUGGUUCACCUUGACACUCCUUACAUACCUGGCUUCCUAGCAUUCAGAGAAGUUAAUUUCUUCCUCAACCUCCUACACAAACUGAGGGACAAAGAACCCAACUUAAUGCCUCAGGUCAUUCUAGUCGAUGGCAAUGGCAUCCUUCAUCCAAGAGGUUUUGGCAUAGCCAGUCACCUGGGUGUACUGAGUGGCAUACCGUGCGUGGGCGUGGCCAAGACACUGAUGCAGGUGGACGGCAUCGCCAAAAAUGAACAGUUUGCAGAAAAGGUUGCUGAACUGGGCAGUGGAGGAGACACAUUCCCUCUGAUGACAGACUCAGGACAGAUCUUAGGAAUGGCCCUGAGGGGAUGUCACAAGUCACGCAAUCCGAUCUUCGUGUCUGUCGGUCACCGAAUUUCUCUUGAAACAGCCACUAAGCUUGCCCGGCGAUGCUGCAGGUAUAGAGUUGCUGAACCCGUCAGACAGGCCGAUAUUCGCUCGCGUGAGUUCCUCCGUGAAAUGUACCCAGAGUCUUCCCCCGGCAAACGGCAGCCACAAGCCCCACGGUCCGAGCGUUACAAACAAACUCAGGACAUGGCGCGCCCCUUUCCUGCAAACGAGGUCAGAGUAGGCGGGGCUAAAGGAAACAUGUGCUUUCUUGAUGACCAUUCCGGACCGUCGGAUGAAGAGUCACACUUCGACUGUUUAUUUGGUCCUACUUGAUCGAAGUCUUUAUAAGGUAUUUUGAACACAGAAAUAAAUAUUUUUCAAAGAUGAAUCAAAUUUUUAAAAAGAAUUUCAUACCAAUCACUUCAUGGUUUAACUUUUUAUCUUUCAAACAAGCUCGUUGUUUACUUUCGAAAGUGUUCUCUUCUUGCGAGAAAUUAAGGUUGCUGCUCUAACCCAUAGACAUCAAUUUAGAAACCGAGGUUUUAUGCCCUGCGGAUAUAAUUUUAUCGAAUAAUACCAUUAAUCCGACGUGAAAGCCUUUUGCGGUAAUGCCCAUAUUCAUUGCAUUCUCGGUAUAAUGUUUUAUAUGAAAUCAAAUAGAGUCCCAGAGUAACACCGGUGAGUUAGCAUUUCAAGAAGCACCCCUUAAUAACAUCUAAAGGUUUCAUGUUUUUUGUUUGGUUUGAUUUGGUUUUGAGUUAAUUGAACAUUAAAAUCCAGGAGACCCAAGUGUGUUAGUUGAGGUCGUUAGGGUGUACUGACGACCUGCGAUGUUGCCGCUGUGAACUCGCAUUACGCAUUAUUGAGAAAGUGCGGUGUGGUUUUUACAUUUCCCUCAGAAAAAGUGUUUGUCCUCUGGUGAGCCAUCAGAAACAGGUUCUAUGCGGGAUUUUAAAUGAGAUUUGGAAUCAGAAGCAUGAAGUGGAAAGUGCCCCUGUGAGAUUUAAUGUGAUAUUUCCAUCCAGUGCUUCGUCGAUCAUGUCGUUGCGUGAUGUGCUUAGUAUGGUGGCCAUACGGUUUCCCUUAGGGGUAGAUUGUAUAUAAUAUUUUAUGAGGAUUUUUUUUUCGGAUUGGGAGAAUAACACUUUCAGUGAACUCUUCAAAUUUGGUGGGUCAAGAAACCCAUGGUGGAAGUAUUUCAAAUAUUUGGCAUGAAUCCGAUUAUUACCGUAUUUUGAGACCAAAACCGGGAAUGAUUAGACUUUCCUCCCACAAUAUUUGCAUGGGUGUGAUCCGAUUUGCCAUAUCAUUAUGUAUCAUUUUUGUUUUUGUUCGUGGUUAUUUUGAUGUUGCGAAAUUGCUUUAGUUAUGCAAACAACCACUGUUAUAAUGAACACUGCAUUGGACUUAACGACAAGUUAAGUAUAGAGUUUCAUCGUGGCAGACGACCGCAUAUGUAUAAGCAUUUAUCCUCGAAAGCCAUUGUCCUGCAUUACGUUGGUCAUUACGGGUAGAUUACUGCCUCGAUUUAAGAACGUUAUGGAGACAAUUCCCCAAGGAACACUGUAUUUCACUUGUGAUAUUUGAAGAGAUAAUCAUCCCGGCAGACAGUCUUGCAGACGGAUCACUGUAAGCUUCGAUUCCUAUUGACACAGAUGUGGCGUCAUUAAGUCCCUCCAAAAAACUGCAACAUUUCUCUGGAGUUCUUCCCCCGGAAGCGAAAUGACAGGCCUACUUUUGUCACCGGCUUUUCUGAGAGAACAGGCAGCAUCAUUCACCGCACACGCGUACGGAUUGCUGAAUGUGUCGCUGGUUAUCGGCAACCUCGCGUACGGCAUUAAUUGCAUUGGCCUGCGGGGAGCCACUAUAGCAAGGACGUCAGGAUGACGUCAGGCCAAAGCGUGUCUCAAGUCUCUCAUGUUUGAUGUGAGCUUGUUAAAAGGUUUUAGCACGCUGGUUAUGGAUUAAUGCUACAAACUGUUUUUUCCCUAAACAAGUUUUGAUAAUGGUUACUUGCACUUUUAGUGUCGCAACGAGAAUAAAACGAACGCAAAGAUAGCUUGUUAAACUUAUAAUAGCUGACUACGAAUAAUAUUAACAUUGAAAAGCAGGUUUAUAAAGAAAACGGGCAAAUACUUAUUUCAAGUGACAAUUUUAUUUAAUUUUUUCGUGUACAGUGUGCUGAAGAAGUCAAAAUGUUUACAGUACAAUUUAAAAGUACACUUUUAAUCACAGAUUUCAUUCUCUUCACAGAUACGACACAUUUCAAUUUCAACGUUUCUUGUAGGAUGAGUAUUACCAUUAAGUGACUUGUACAAUAUAAUCACAUACCCGUUAAGAAUUAUCAUACAUUAAGACUCUUGGUGGCAGCAGACUUAACAAAACUGUGUCCGAACACUGUCUUGGCCACGGCCGGGAAUAACACGUGUACCUAUGGAAGCCACUGCGUACCGGCUUGCAACCAUUUCCCAUACAGUUGUGAGUUACUCCCGGCCGCAGCCGCUCAGUUGCGAUACAACCCUGCGUGAGGUUGUAAAUGCCCGUUACUUUUAUGACCACUCUCAAACAGGUUUAUUGUAACCGCUCGUUUUAAAGGUACAGUCCAUUCUUGUAAUCAUCCAAAAGUAACUGACGAAAUCGUUGAAAAGCGUACCUGGUUUAAAGCUGGUUAUGGGACUAAACAUACCUGUGAAUGAUUCUUUCUGCCAGCUGUCGUUUUGAAGAAAACAAUGAAAGAGAGCCAUUUGCAACAAUGCGCCUGAAGACGCAUUUUUAGAAAUUUGCUCGUAGAAAUACACAACACACACACGCGGUUAACACGGUUCAGUGCGUCAAAUCGCGUAGCUGUAAAAAUGAUGUAUUCGACUGGACAUGAAAUGUGUCCCCGCCACUGACUUACGCGCAGUUCAAAACAUGACGCAGCAACUUACAAUCUAAAAUCGAAAUUCUAGAAUGUUGGGCUGAAACUUCAUCAGGUUUGUUCUCAGGCAUGCCUUUCUUUACUGUUUUGAGUAAUUUUGUUACCUGCAAAUAAACCUAAUGCACAAAUGAUAAAUGAUGGACUGUACCUUUAAUUUGCCUCUUGGCACUGUUUUGUCCUAAAUGCAGCCAAAACCUUGUGCAGGUAGACUAGGCUGCGCCAUGUACUGGUGGACGUGGAUGUCUAGUGACGUCACACGAAUUUAUAUUUAGAGCAUUGGCACGCAUGUCCACAAUAACAUAACUUACCAAAACAUU